AGAAAUGAUCCUCCGUUCCAACUCAAACUCCCUCCAAAAGCAGCUAGGCCUGAAAAAGAAAUUGACCCAGAAUAUGAAGAGAAGAUGAAAGCAGAUCGAGCGAAAAGGUUUGAAUUCCUCCUGAAGCAGACAGAACUUUUUGCACAUUUUAUUCAACCUGCAGCACAAAAAUCACCAACAUCUCCACUGAAAGUCAAGCUGGGACGGCCACGGAUGAAGAAAGAUGAAAAACAGAGUUUGAUUUCAGCUGGGGAUUACCGUCACAGACGCACGGAGCAAGAAGAAGAUGAAGAGCUGUUGUCUGAGAGUCGAAAAACAUCCAGUGUGUGCAUUCGAUUUGAGGAGUCUCCUUCAUAUGUGAAAGGAGGAACACUAAGAGAUUAUCAGGUUAGAGGUUUGAACUGGAUGAUCUCAUUGUAUGAAAAUGGUGUUAAUGGCAUUCUGGCAGAUGAAAUGGGUCUUGGUAAAACUCUGCAAACAAUAGCAUUGUUAGGCUAUCUGAAGCAUUACCGAAACAUUCCUGGGCCACACAUGGUCCUGGUUCCAAAAUCAACUUUGCACAACUGGAUGAAUGAAUUCAAGCGCUGGGUCCCGUCCUUACGUGCCGUUUGCCUUAUCGGGGAUAAAGAUGCCAGAGCUGCUUUUAUCCGUGAUGUUAUGAUGCCUGGUGAGUGGGAUGUUUGUGUAACAUCAUAUGAAAUGGUAAUUAAAGAGAAGUCAGUCUUCAAAAAAUUUAACUGGAGGUACCUGGUAAUCGAUGAAGCUCACAGAAUAAAGAAUGAGAAAUCCAAGCUGUCAGAGAUUGUACGUGAGUUCAAGACAACAAAUCGAUUGCUGCUUACGGGAACUCCUUUACAGAAUAACCUCCACGAGCUGUGGGCAUUACUCAAUUUUCUUUUACCUGAUGUCUUCAAUUCUGCAGAUGAUUUUGACUCAUGGUUCGACACUAAAAAUUGUCUGGGUGAUCAGAAACUUGUAGAAAGACUUCAUGCUGUCUUGAAGCCAUUUCUAUUACGUCGCAUAAAAGGUGAAGUAGAAAAGAGUUUGCCUCCAAAGAAAGAAGUAAAAAUUUAUCUUGGGCUCAGCAAAAUGCAGAGAGAAUGGUAUACAAGGAUCCUGAUGAAAGAUAUUGAUAUCCUGAAUUCAGCUGGGAAAAUGGAUAAGAUGCGUCUGCUGAAUAUUCUGAUGCAGCUGCGGAAAUGCUGUAACCAUCCUUACCUGUUUGAUGGUGCUGAGCCAGGUCCUCCUUACACCACUGACACACAUCUCAUCACCAACAGUGGGAAAAUGUUAGUUCUGGAUAAACUGCUGGCGAAACUCAGAGAGCAGGGUUCAAGAGUUCUACUUUUCAGUCAGAUGACUCGUUUACUGGAUAUUUUGGAGGACUAUUGCAUGUGGCGUGGGUAUGAGUACUGCCGACUCGAUGGACAGACACCACACGAAGAAAGAGAGGAAGCAAUAGACACAUUUAAUGCUCCCAACAGCAGUAAAUUCAUUUUCAUGCUGAGUACCAGAGCUGGAGGUCUUGGAAUUAAUUUGGCAACUGCUGAUGUGGUUAUUCUCUAUGAUUCAGAUUGGAACCCUCAAGUAGAUCUGCAAGCCAUGGAUCGUGCGCAUCGUAUUGGUCAGAAGAAACCAGUACGGGUGUUCCGACUUAUCACUGAUAAUACUGUUGAAGAGAGGAUUGUAGAAAGAGCUGAAAUAAAACUGAGGCUGGACUCUAUAGUUAUACAACAAGGAAGGCUCAUAGACCAACAGUCUAAUAAACUGGCAAAAGAUGAAAUGCUGCAGAUGAUCCGGCAUGGAGCCACGCAUGUUUUUGCUUCCAAAGAUAGUGAGCUGACAGAAGAAGAUAUAACCACUAUUUUAGAAAGAGGUGAAAAGAAGACAGCUGAAAUGAAUGAACGAUUGCAGAAGAUGGGGGAGAGCUCCUUACGAAAUUUCACUAUGGACACAGAGAUGAGCUUAUACAACUUUGAAGGUGAAGAUUAUAGAGAAAAACAAAAGCUGAGCAUGAUGGAAUGGAUUGAGCCUCCAAAAAGAGAGCGCAAAGCUAAUUAUGCAGUUGAUGCUUAUUUCAGAGAAGCUCUGCGUGUUAGUGAACCAAAAGUCCCAAAGGCUCCACGUCCUCCAAAACAACCAAAUAUCCAGGAUUUCCAGUUUUUCCCACCACGGUUAUUUGAACUUCUGGAAAAAGAAAUUUUGUAUUAUCGUAAGACUAUAGGAUAUAAGGUCCCCAGGAAUCCUGACCUUCCAAAUGCAGCUCAGGUACAAAAGGAGGAACAAAAGAAGAUAGAUGAGUCUAUGCCUCUGAAUACUGAAGAAACUGAAGAGAAAGAAAAGCUUCUAACACAGGGUUUUACAAACUGGAACAAAAGAGAUUUUAAUCAGUUUAUUAAAGCUAAUGAGAAAUACGGUCGUGAUGAUAUAGACAAUAUUGCCCGUGAGGUGGAAGGAAAGUCACCUGAGGAGGUCAUUGAAUACUCAGCUGUUUUCUGGGAACGUUGUAAUGAACUGCAGGACAUUGAGAGGAUCAUGGCUCAAAUUGAACGAGGAGAGGCAAGAAUUCAGCGGAGGAUCAGUAUCAAGAAAGCCCUCGAUGCCAAAAUUGCGAGAUAUAAAGCACCUUUUCAUCAACUGCGUAUCCAGUAUGGAACAAACAAAGGGAAAAAUUACACAGAAGAGGAAGACAGGUUUUUAAUAUGUAUGUUACACAAGAUGGGCUUUGACAAGGAAAAUGUGUAUGAGGAGCUAAGGCAGUGUGUGCGCAAUGCUCCUCAGUUCAGAUUCGACUGGUUUAUCAAAUCCAGGACUGCAAUGGAGUUUCAGAGACGCUGCAAUACUCUCAUAUCAUUAAUAGAAAAAGAAAAUAUGGAAAUUGAAGAAAAAGAAAGAGCUGAAAAGAAGAAAAGAGGAGCGAAAGUUACAGCAUCACAGAAGAGAAAAGCAGAUUUGGCUGCUGAGAACUCUGGAAAAAAAGAUGCUAAGAAAGUGAAGUCGUGAACCUGAAAACUGAAUGCUAAAUAUUAAACUGCCACUUUUUCACUCCAUCUACAAGUAUUAAUUGCCAAUUUCUUUGUAUUCAUGGUACUCUCCCCCAAAUCCCAUGGUUUUAUUUUGCAAUUUUUGUAUACUUUACAAUGCCUUUCUUUACCUACAAUGUGUAGCUUUAUAUCUUACGCAUUCCAGUAUUUUUGUGUACUGUAUUUUGUGAGUUUCAUGUCUUGGGCAAAAUUCACUCAGUCCUUGUUUUUUUGAGGCUUGUGCUGAGGUUUUAGCUUUUAUAUGUUUUAUAUGCUGCUGCUUUGAAAGAAAACCUAGAUUCUAUAGCUGUAUUAUUGUUGUUUCAUAUUUUAAAUUUAUAUGGCUGUUGGAAUAUAAACUGACUUAAUUAUUU